AUGGGGGGCAAGAAGGGCGCCGAGAACACGAAGAAAGUAGCGGGAAACGCACGCAAAGCGGAAGCCGCAGCGCAGAAGCAAGCAGCAGUCGACGCGCGGAAGUCGGCCGAGGAAGCAGAAGAAUGGUCCAAGGGGGCAAAGGACGCCAAGAAGAAGCAAGAGGCAGCAGAGAAGGCAGCAGAGAAGGCAGCGAAGAAAGCCGAACGUGAGGCUUUGCUGGCCGAGGAAGAGAAGAGCCAGCGCAGCACACCCAAGGGUGCCAACAAGAAGACAGCCGAGAAAAAGACACGCACCGGCACUUUAGAUCUCGGCCAACUCGACGGCGAGCCGAGCGGAAACACCAAGGCCACUGCGAUCAGUGCCUCGGGUAUCGAUAAUGCACUUGACGCCCUGACCCUCACCACGGGGACGGCUAACGACCUCAAAAUCGACCGCCACCCGGAACGGCGGUUCAAGGCCGCCUACAAGGCUUACGAAGAACGCCGACUGCCGCAGAUCGAGGUCGAGCACCCGGGCCUGAGGAAACAGCAGCGUAUCGAGCUCGUGCGGAAGGAAUUCGAGAAGAGCGAGGAGAAUCCGUUCAACCAGGCCGGAAAUGUCCGAUUCGACGCGACCAAGGAUGAACUGGGCGAGACGAGGAGGAAGGUCAGGGAGAGUGUCGAGAAGAGGCUGGUUGAGAAAUGA